AUGCAAGUUGGAAUACACGAACAGUUACUCAAAUUCCUUGAUAAUCGUCACAAAAGCGUCCGAAACGGCCAUGCUAUCUUUGCUUGGAACAAUUGCGCAGGCGUGAAGGUUAAACCUCUGUCUCCCAGGAAUUUUUUUCCUCCCCAAAAACAUCCACCUUGA